AUGCUCGUCAUUCACGGCGGUCCUGGCUUGAGCCAUCACUACCUCUACCCGCUCACGGCGCUCUCUGCCUCUCGGCAACUCAUCUUCUACGACCAGCUCGAUGCGGGCAGUUCCGAGUGGCCCAACGACCCCAAGAACUGGAACGUGCCUCGCUACCUCGCCGAGAUCGACGCGCUGCGCUCUCACCUCGGCCUCGACAGCCUCAUCAUGUUCGGAAACUCGUGGGGCGGCACCAUCGCAGCGGCGUACGCGGCACGGCGGCCGCCGGGCCUCACCAAGCUGAUCCUCUCUGGGCCGCUCAUCGACACGCGGCGGUGGGCGCUGCGUGCGUGCCUCGCCUCCGGAGACACCUCGAGCGAGGCCUUUGCGGCGGCGACGGACCUCUUCUACCGGCGGCACUUGUGCCGGCGGGACCCGUGGCCCGACUUUGUGGCGGCGACUUUCGAGCCGCGCCUCUUCAACAAGCGGUGCUACGAGGGCAUGUGGGGACCGACGGAGUUCAUCUCCACCGGCGUGCUCCGCGACUACAACGGCUCGGCGGAGCUCGCGAGCAUUGAUGUGCCCACGCUGCUCACGUGCGGCGAGUUCGACGAGGCGACGCCCGACACCACGCGGCGAGAUCUAGACGUGAUGCGCUUCGCGGCGGCGAUACCGGGCGCCGAGGUCGUGGUGUUCCCAAACGCGUCGCAUAUGACCUUCGUCGAGGUUCCGGAGAGCUACCUCUCCGUCGUGCGAGGGUUCGUCGAGGCGGCGCCAGAGACGGCGCCAGCGGCAGCAGUCGCCGUCGCGGGGGAGCGCCGUGCUGUCGGCCGCGGCUUGCUCAACGGCGCGUCGCCAUGCACGUGGUCUACGGGCGGCGGCUUCUACGCCUACCCCUUCACAGCGUACUGGAACGCCACCUCGGGCGACUACGGCUGGGAGGCGCGGAUCGUCGCUCCCUCGCAGGCCGUCGUCGGGACCAGCUCCGGGCGGCGGCGGCGGCGGCGGAGAGGCGAGGAGACUCGCGGGCGCGAGGCCGUCACCGGCGUCGGCGCGCUGCGCUUUGGCGGCGCAGCCGACGUCUACGACCGGCCGUACGCCGAGGUCCUCGACCCCGCCGUCGAGGUUGGCUGGGCGGCGUGGCUUGUGCCGCCCGAAGUGCGUCCCGACCCGCAGCGCCGCGGCGAGUGGACCUCGCGUGCGUUCGUCGGCACGCGAGUCUCGACGGCGUCGCACACCUUUUGCGGCUGCCAGUCGAUGAGGGGGGACGCGGCGGCGUUUCGGCUCACCGAGCACGGCCGCGCCAGCGUCGACAUCCCGCCCCGCCCCGCUCGCGUGCCUUGGUACGCCAACCUCACGCGUCGCGAGAUCAGCGCGCAGAUCCGGGCGACGUGCGCCGCGCUCGCGCGGCGGACGAGCUGCCCGGAGGACAACGAGACCGCCUACGCUGAGUGGGCGAGCGGGAGGGACAAUGGCACGUACUGGCGGCUGCCUCCGUGGGUCGAGGUGUAUAGCAGCCUGCCGGUGUGA